AUGGAAACUCUGGACGUGGCAGUUGUUGGAGCAGGUUGGGCUGGGCUGGCUGCGGCCAAGACUCGCCAUCAGUUACACCCUGAAGAAUCUCUGGCGGUCUUGGAUUCAGCUGCUACGCUUGGUGGCACUUGGGCGAAACAUCGCCUCUAUACAGGCCUGAAAACCAACAACAUGUUGGGUACCUACCAGUACCCUGAUUUCCCCAUGGACACGGAAACCUAUGGUGUCAAGCCAGGCCAGGAAGACUUCGGAGUUCCCAUAUUUCAUGCAAAAGACCUACGCAAUCAUGAGGACACAUAUGAAACAGCCAAAUCAGUGACAGUAUUCGGAGGAACAAAGUCAGCUUGGGAUAUGGUGUAUCUAUAUGCCACCAAAGGCAUUCGAGUGGACUGGGUCAUUCGAGAAUCUGGCCAUGGCCCUGCUUGGAAUGCUCCUCCUUAUGUCACGCCUCUCAAGAAGUGGCUCGAGAAACUCGCCCAUAUAAGAAUGUUAACGUGGUUCAGUCCGUGCAGUUGGGGUGCAGCAGAUGGUUACGUCAAGACUCGCAACUUCUACCAUGGAACAUUCAUUGGAAGAGCUAUUGUUGAUAAGUUCUGGAGUAUCCUUGGAAAUGACGUUAUUACGCUCAACAAAUACGACUCUCACCCGGAGACGGCCAAGCUCAAGCCCUGGUCUAAUGCCAUGUUUGUGGCGACGAGUAUAGGAAUUCUCAACUACGAGAAGGACUUUUUCGAAGUUGUCAAGGAAGGGCUGGCCAAGAUACAUAUUGCUAAUAUCGAACGGGUGAGCAAGCAAACAGUGCACCUGUCUGACAGCACAACAUUACAUACGGAUGUGCUGUGCUGUGCAACGGGUUGGAAACAUGUUCCCCCUAUCAGAUUCCUACCAGAAGGGAUUACUGAGGAUAUUGGGAUGCCUCAUACGCCUUCAAAAGAUUCGUUCCCUUAUGCAUCACUCCUGGACCAAGUCGAUAAAGAGAUCUUCAGCAAGUUCCCUCGCCUAAAGGACCAGCCCAUACAGAAGGUGCAAAAUAGCAAGUAUCAUACAUUGCUAGAGGACAAAGGUCUCUCUAGUAAUGAUGAUAUCACGCCAUCGACAGAGCUGACACCGUAUACGCUAUAUCACUUCAUCAUCCCGCCGUCAAGCCAGUAUCUCAAGACCCGAGAUAUUGCUUUCGUGGGGAUGAUAGUCAACUUCAGCAACCCCAUAGUUUCCCAUGUCCAAUCGCUAUGGAUGAACGCCUUCUUCGAUGAUAUGAUUCCAUCUCUCCCUCGGAACCCUUCACCAGAGUUUGUAUCUCGAUUCCAAUACGAGGCAGUGCUUCAUAGUCGGUUCGGAAAAUGGAGAUACCCGGGUGGUUUUGGCCACAGCUUUCCAGACUUUGUGUUUGAUGCUGUUCCGUAUGUGGACCUGCUGCUCAAGGACUUGGGUCUACCGAUAUAUAGGAAGAAUGGCAUAUUUGCUGAGAUGACAGAUCCAUAUGGGCCAGAGGACUAUACGACAGUUGUGGAUGAGUGGAAGGCAAAGCAACUUGAGCCAGAAGCCCCAUGCCUCGGACUCUCCAAAGAACAACACGAUGCCCUCAUCUCCAAACGUAACUGGCUGACUUCUCACACCAUUCCUAUCCCCCGAGAUGCCUUCCGAACUUUCAUCUCAAGUCCAAAGGGAUGUCAUACACUUGAUGCAACAUUUGUCUUUGCUCAGUCAGAGGCUGGGACUGCAGUCUGCAUCUCGCCCGAUGGUAUCCUCCUCACAUGUGCACACUGCGUCGCAGAAGAGCCCUCUGAGCUCACAGCUAAUACGUCGUACGUCCUCUUAUCACCCACUGGGAAGGUUGUUACAGCGAAAGUGGUAGCUUGGGAUCCAAUACGUGAUCUCGCUUUACUUCAGAUCGACAAAGCCGAACUUCUUCGCCGGCCGUUUCCCUUUGCCCGUAUCGCAACCUCGCCUCCCAAGUUCAACGCUAAACUGCUAUGCAUCGGCCAUCCGGGCUCCGAAGACUUCGAGGCUGAACGCAGUGGUGUAAAGACAGGGUACGACCUGCUCGUUCUCACCGAGGGCACUUUUCGUGGCCUGGAUAAGAACCAAGAUCCGCAGGAUAACAGUGACAUCGGCGCUCUUAAGCAUACCUGCUGGACGUACUGGGGACAUAGCGGUGCAGGAUUGUUUGAUCGGAAGACGGGGGCGUUAGUAGGCGUGCAUUCGAGCUGGGAUGACAAGACAUGCAUGAGGAGGGGAGUGCCAUUGGAAGCGGUGGCUGCCUUCGUUGAAGAGGCUGAAGCGAGCCAGAGGGAAGACCUUACAGAGGAAUGGCGAUGGUAUGUGAGGUGGGAGCCAGAACCUACCACUACCUAUGCCCAGGGCUUGAUAUUGGAAUAA